AAUGUCGAUCCGAUGCCGAGGUGUGGGAUCGAGAGCUGAAGAGGAGGGGGCGUACGCCAGUCUCGCCGCGAGAUCACUGGUGCGUGUGUGUAUUUCGUGAAAUAGAAUUCAGUGUUUAUUUAUUAAUAUUUGGAACAUGUUUUAAACUAAAUAAGAAUGACUGAUUACGAGCGCAUUAAGAACUCGUGCCUCCAGCGGGCGGUGCUCUGGGAAGAUCCUGACUUCCCAGCGAAUCAGACUUCGGUCUUCUAUUACCAGACGCCGCCGUUCAAUUUCGUCUGGAAACGCGCCAAAGAAAUAUACACCAGUCCGACGUUUGUCUUAGACAAAUGCGAGACUUUUGAUGUGAUACCUGGAAAAUUAGGAGACAAAUGGCUGGUCUCGUGCCUCGGGGUAUUGUACCUGUGCAAAGGUCUCUUCUACCGAGUGGUUCCGGCAGAUCAGCGCAUGGAUACAUCAUACGCAGGCGUAUUCAGGUUUCGACUGUGGUGGUGCGGUCAGUGGCUAGAAGUCCUUGUAGAUGACCGCCUCCCGACUGUGAAUGGGAAACUGGCUUUCUUACAGACCAGUCAAACGGAUCAGCUUUGGCCAGCUCUCCUAGAAAAAGCCUACGCCAAAUUGCACGGCUCAUACGAAGCGUUAAAGUAUGGUAGUUUGUUGGACGGAUUGGCAGACCUCACCGGCGGCAUCACGGAGUCUAUCGUUAUGCCAGAGUUGUCCGACGGCAGUGCUCUCAGAACUCUACUCGAUACGAGCAGUGUGGUCACCGCACAUUACUUUCCACCGCCAGCUGAAGAUAAAACUGCGACAAGCUUAGAAUUAGAAAUGAAUUAUAGGAUUUAUGAUGUACAAAAAGUCGACACAACAAACGAGCCCGUCUACUUGAUUCGGUUGCGGCGACCCCUGGGCCACGGGGAAACGCCGAUAUCACACAUUGUACUAGAUACGGCCUUAUGGAAAACGAUUCCGCAGUACGAGAGAGACAGACUGAUGACCGCGUCUAAAGGCGUCUGGAUGCUGUUCAGUGACUUCCAGCGCCUCUUCCCCCGGAUCGAGAUGGUGCACUUGGACACGGAGACCAGCCGAGCGGAGCUUUCGCUGUCCGAGAAACAGAAGUGGCAGAUGAAGAUGCACCAAGGCGGCUGGAAGAGGGGCGUAUCUGCUGGAGGAUGUCGGAAUUACGUCAAUUUCUUCCACACGAAUCCCCAAGUUCAAAUCAUGUUGAACGAGCCAGACACUGUGAUUAUAUCUCUGAACCAACACAGCAUAAUGGAGCCUAAAGUAAUUGGAUUCAGCGUUUAUAAAAUGCCAAAGUUUCUUACCGAGACCGCCAACCAAAUGUUUUUCAAGAGGAUCAAAAGCACGAUCAACUCGCAGUACACUAAUAGCAGACAAGUCAGCCAGAGGUGUCAGUUAGAAUCGGGAGCGUACCUCAUAAUGCCAACGACCUUUGAGCCCCGAGAAGAAGCGCAGUUCACGCUAAGGAUCUAUUCGAACAAACCACUUAAAAUGAAAGUACUGGACGACCCGCCCCAGAUGACGAAAGCUGCCUUAGUCAAAGCUCCUCCGGGAUCCGAUUCGAACGGAUUUUUCCAAUACGAGACCUUGUUUCUUCAGCUGGCCGACGAACACAGAACCAUAGAUAUAUUCGAGCUGCAAGAGCUACUGGACGCGUGCCUCCCGAACGAUUACAUCAAGAGUUGCGUGUCCAUAGACACGUGCCGACAGAUCGUUCUGUCUAUGGAUAAGAAAGGCACGGGUCGGAUAUGCUUGUCCGACUUCAAGGAUCUGAUCUGCAGCCUCAAGCAUCUGCAGCUCGUGUUCAAGACUCACGCCCGUGAGAAGAUGGGGGUACUGAGGGUGGAGCGCUUGCGGGACGCUCUGAAAGACGUCGGCUUCAUUGUACCGGAACGAGUCAUAUCGUUAUUGGUGUUCCGGUAUAUGAGGAAAGAUGGGAUGCUGCGUUUCGGGGAUUUCGUGUCCGCCGUCAUGCACUUGCACAGGGUGUUUGAAUUAUUUUACACAAACGACGGCCGUCGCCCCGGUUCCGAUGCUGUGCAACUAAAUCUUUCAGAGUGGCUGAAAAACGCUCUGAUGUGCUAGCAACACAACGAAAGACGCUCAAUGAAAAACUAUGCGACGGUAUAUUUCGGAAGCGUUCGAUGUACAUUGCGCGCCGAUAAUAAGUUGAAUGCUUUUGGCGAAUUUGCCAGUGGUACCAACCGUGAGAUAAAACGAAACUUAUUCCAACUUUUAUUCGUAGUGAAUACGCUCUCAGCUCGUACAAUCGUCGCGCUUAUUAUGUUUUAAACAUGGCGGCGUUUGUUCUAAGCGAACGUCAUAUUUUUAGCGAAUGUAGAACUUUCUAGAUCUUGGUGCUAAGUACCAUUAAGUUAGCUAUAGACUAAACGUUGUUGUAAUUAAUUUUAUUUACACCUAAGUUAAUGGUCCAUCACAAAGGUAUUUUGGAAUGUAUUUCAGUGAUGACAGGUAUGUUGUAUGUUUAUGUAUAUGUUUUAACAACCUGUUGUAUUUUAGCAAUUGUAAAUUAAUUACGUUUAUAGUUAAAGUUUAUGACUUCAUACAACCCGAAGUCGUCAGAACUGACUUCUGACUCUGCCAACUACGGAUUUAACAUUUUGAAUGCCAUGGCGAAAAUUCACCACAGCCUUCGGAAUGAGAAUUUAUUUAUGAAUUAUGAUUUUGAUACGAUAAUGUUACUGUUUAGAAAAACUCUACACAUCGCGAGUUUUAUUUUGGUAUGAUGGUAUUAUUGAUUGGCUCAGAGUCAUGUCCAGCUUGCGUGAAUAAUUCAAGGGCUUAGAUAAGGGUAGGAUAGCGGGCUACUAAAACUGCACCAACGUCUCCAUUGUCACGGAUCGUUUGGAACCUCUGGGUCUGCGGAGGGACUUCGGUUCCCUCUGUAUUUUUUACCGUAUGUUCCAUGGGGAGUGCUCUGAGGAAUUGUUCGAGAUCAUACCGUCAUCUCGUUUUUACCAUCGCAUUGCCCGCCAUCGGAGUAGAGUUCAUACUGCCUGGAGCCAAUGCGGUCAUCCACAGUGCAUUUCCAGAGGUCUUUUUUGCCACGUACCAUCCGGCUAUGGAAUGAGCUCUACUCCACGGUGUUUCCCGAGCGCUAUGACAUGUCCUUCUUCAAACGAGGCUUGUGGAGAAUAUUCAGCGGUAGGCAGCGGCUUGGCUCUUCUCCUGGCAUUGCUUAAGUCCAUGGGCGACGGUAACCACUCACCAUCAGAUGGGCCUCGUGUGCUCGUCUGCCUACAAGGGCAAUAAAAAAAAAUGUAUGAGAGCUCAAGACAGCUGCUUCAUGAAACGCGUUUGGAAUCGCGAUAUACUGGAAGAUCCAGCUGGUGCUCAGUGUGCUUAGUGUGAGUUUUUUAACGUUCUCGAUACCGUAAAAGUUAAUAGUAUGCAGAUGGAACAGCGCCCCUAGCGGCAAACGUUGGCAAAUGUUCCAACUCCAUACAAAAUUGAGUUAACUUUUACGCUAUCGACAACGUUAAAAAACUCGCACUGAACACACGACUGAGUGUCAGUAGACAUCCGUGAAGAUUAGCGACCUAUGCUAUACCUGAUUCUAGCCAGUACCUCUUUACUAGUAGCGUCCAACAAUAUUGAAACUGAAUCAGUGGGAUCCUUGAGGAUGCGUUCUGAAUCGGAGUCAGGCGUGCGACUAUCAUAAUAAGGGACUGUGGUGUCGCGAAGUAUCGUUCCUGCGUUACCUUCGUAUACCUACGAAUGGUGAAUGUCGAUGUCUUGUAUCAUGAAGUCGAGUAUGAUCGACCUAAGUUAAAGUUAUUAGGACAACAACCCUUCUAUCAGUGGUAGGGGAUCUUCUGAGAACUAGGUCCGACCACCAGGCUUAUUUUAAUGAAGCCGUAAUGCCUUCCGGUUUGGAACAGUUGAAUUAUGAUCCUCGCUGUCCCAGGCUUUGAGAUGAAACAUGUAACAUUGAGACAUUUGAGAAUGCAUUGCUAUUUGCGUGGACCUAUAGGUUACUGAUGACGACGCUUGUAGCUAAAAGUAAGUAUUGUACUUUUUGAUGAAGCAUGUUGCUGAUAACUCUGUUUCUAUAAUCUAAUAAUAGUAUGUUUAAAAAAGUGCGUAAAAUAUAAAUGAAAUUCAUUGGAAAUUUUCUUUGAGGAUCGACUCAAGCUGUUGACGAUACAAUGUGAUGUGAUCACCGAUUACUGUCGUUUGGUAGUUGGCAUGUUAUUAAUUUUAUUUAUGUAUUUCACUUUAUAUUUUGAUAUAGCACUGAGCUUGUAUCAUAGUUUAAUAUAGUUGUUCCGAACCAGACGUUCUAUUUCACAGGAGAGUUAGAGGCUGGCUUUAUAAUACUGUUGCAUCACAAAUAUUAAAGAAUACUCAAAGCAUUUAAUGUAUGUAUUUAUUAGAAUAUCGUAAAAAUUAAGGCGAUGCGUGCUUCGAUUGUAAUAUGAUUUUUAAUCACGCUCGGCCUGCCUUAACGAUCUCCCUGUUUUAAAGUAAUAUUUAAGGUACAUAUACGCACGUUUAGGUCCUGUAUAUUGUUAAAGAGAAAUAAAACGCAUUUAUUUUACAUUUUCA